GUACAUCAUUUGGCAAGAGGCAGUCAUAGGUAGGGCUGUUUAAUCUUCAACUCAAUCACUUGAAAAAAAAAUUUCGUAAAAAUGUUCAAAGCAAGUUCUUUUAGUGUCUUGGCGUAUCUAGGAAUACUAUUUUUGAGCGUAUCAGCUUUACCUCCAUGGGCACAUUCUUGGCAACAUGGUGCUAUACAUCCAGGGUAUUGGCCUCAUAGACCAAAUCGUCCAACGUGGGGACAUGAUCGCGAUUACCGUCCUGUACCUGAAACUGUUAUAAGACCAGGAUACGAGCCAGACCAGCAGGAUUAUGAUGAUGAAGAUGAGCAAUCUGGCUAUUUUGGAUGUUCGUGCUUCUUGUAUGUGGAAAACACGAUGGUUUUCCGUAGAGAAGAUACCGAUCAGAGGAGAUACUCUUGUACAGGAUAUGGUUUAAGAAGAUGUUCGAGGUAUUGCGAUGAAUUGUUUCAAAAUGAAGGGCUUAGAUCCAGCAGCGAGCAAGAAGCCUGUGAUGUGCUCGGCAGGGAAGUGUACACGUCUUGGUACCGAAAAAAUCAAGUCUGUGGAAGAAACGGACCUCAGAUAGAUAUUCCAAUGGAAACUGGACUGUGUUGUCGACGAGGGCGGCCUUCUUUAUCUUGCGGUGCAGAACAGACCUCAUAGGGAAGAAUAGAAUCUAGUGAUGAAGCUAAUCUAUUUUGUUAACUUAAAAAAGCUGUGAUUCAAUAAACUUGUGUUUUUAUGUACAUAAAUGUUCUCUAAAUUUCAAUUCUAUAAAUGUCCUCUAAUAUCAAUUU